AUGGUGAAGAUUUUUGUGGGGAAUCUGCCUCGGGAGGCAGAUCAGGAAGAAAUCAAGGCGCUCUUCACUGAGCAUGGUACUGUCACUGAAUGUGCCAUCAUCAAAAACUACGCUUUUGUGCACAUGGAUGACCGUAAGGCGGCCACCAAAGCCAUCAAGAGUCUGCACCUCUACAAGCUUCACGGCACACCGAUCAACGUAGAGGCCAGCCAUGGGAAGAACCAGGGAUCAGUGAAACUACAUGUGGCCAAUGUAGAAAAGGGAGCUGAUGAUGAGCUCCGUGCCCUUUUUGAAGAGUAUGGAACUGUCUCAGAAUGCGCUGUUGUCAAAAAUUUUGCUUUUGUACAUAUGUCUAAUUCUGAUGAGGCCAUGGAUGCGAUCAAGGGACUGGACAACACUGAGUUCCAAGGCAAACGCAUCCAUGUCCAGAUUUCCAAGAGUCGGCCUAGACAUGAGGAACGGGAUGACUACCCCCCUCCUCCCCCAGACAGAGGUGGCUACUGGCCCCCACGAUAUCCAGGAGAGAGGCCUGAGCCUCCCCCUCCCAGCUACCUGAGAGGGCGCCUGAGUCAUUUACCCCCAGGUUACCCUGCCCCCCCUCUGCCUCCCCCUCCCCCCAGACGAGCUGUUUACCCAGACCGUCCCUAUGAUGGUGAAAGGGACAGGUAUGGCGUCGUAGAUUACUAUGAGAAGUACAGGGCCCGUCCGUAUGGCAUGGCCUCCUAUGAGGACCAGCGUCCUGGCGCCCCUCCUCCCCCUCCUUCAGCCGUUGUCCGAGACCGUCUCAUGACCUCGUCGCUCGACCCGUAUGAGCGUCGCCCCCUUCCUCCUCCUCCGUCUUCGUACUACGCCCGAGAUCGUAGCCCUCUCAGAAGAGCACCUAGCGCGCCAAUGCCCCCUGCAAGUAAUGGCUACUCCUACGAGCGCUCCCGUCUCUCUCCGGUUUCCAGGGUCCCUGCAUACGGAGUUCCUCGCGCCAGGGACCCCUACACAGAGCGGCUGCCUCCGCCACCGCCUGCACGAUAUGCUUAUUAAGCAAAGCCCCGGCAUGUGAAGUCAAGGAUCGUCGUCCGACUGCGUCGCCACUCGCCACCCUUGAUGCACGUGACGCUAUCCUCUUCCUGUCUGCGGCGGAGCGCGUUAUGUUCCCCUGCAAUGCUCACAGGAGGAACUGAAUUGCAGACGCCUACGUCUGUUUUUGUUUUUUUAUCAUUUGGACAGUUUUUUCACUCGUAUUUUUUUUCCCUGAAUGUUUUAGUUUGUCUUUGUGCUGUAGUAUUUUUAAUACUUAACGUCUAAUUUAGGCGUUUUUUUUAAUUUGUACCUUUAGGUUUGAAAAACUAGUGUCUGGUGUUGUGUAAUGAGAAAUAUAAAUAAUUUCACCCCACAGUUUUUAGGCGAUACUUGUAAGUUAAACAGAGCAGAGUCAUGUUUGAUAUUAAAUCUAAUCUGCACGUUUGAUUCCAAGAUUCAUGUAAAACGUUUCUUUCGAAAACCAAACUUCCAUGUGGCGUUGCUGUGAAACUGCUAAUGCGUAAGACUUAAAACAAACGUAGAAAUGGUCUUCACUCAAGACAGUUACCGCAAGGCGUUGACAUGUACUUGUUUAAUGUCGUAGCUGUUUUCAAUAAAAAGACUACAGUAAUGUUGUUCUGACAGUCAUACCCAGCGUUUAAAUUCCUUCUCCAUGUAACCGUAUUAAUUCGACUUCCCUGUCAGUAUCUCCAGGUUGACAACUUGUAUCAUUUAUAAUUAUUCGCUAAUAUUAAUAAAAUGACGUGUACAAGACUUGGACACAAAAAUGGAAGAAAUAUGUCGUUCAGCCUUGUUUCAUCCUUAAGGGGACUUCCUCCAGUGCCAAAACGGAAACUUUCGUAUAUUAAAUCCAUCCGUACUCAACCAGAUGAGAUCUCAUAGCACAUUGUUACCCUGAAUCGGGGGGGAGGGGGGUGUCACUUCCAUGGCUGCUGGAGCCCUUUCAGAAUCAGCAGGUAAGUCAAUGGGCAAAAAUGAUGUAUAAUAAAAACCUAUUGCUCAUUUUGAACUGUUAUUUAAGGUUUUAAUUUAUAGUAACUUGUAUACUUGAUUGAAACUAAACAUUACAACAAUUCACAGAUAGGAUUGUCCUAAAGUGCUGCGAUUGCUGGCACACACAAGUAUCUAAUCAGCUGCAAGUUUGUAACUUAGUAGCCAGCAGUAUUUUUGGAAAAACAGACGAUACCUGUACAUUAGGGUGCAUCAUUUUCCUUGAGGUUUUAGAGGUAUUUUGUGCCAAUGAUAAAAGUAAAUGGCUACAUGGUCUGUAGGGUUUUAGGGGUCUACCUCAAGCAUGAGUAUUUACCUAAUGUAGUGUAUUUUGAAGAAUGAUGCCAUGAUGUCUGGUCAUGAUGCAGGAAAUUGAUCUAAUUGAUAUGAAUGGAUACAGUCUGCUGAAGUUUAUUGGUUAAAGGCCUUGGAAUAGACCUUUUGCUUCAUAAAAGCAGGUGAAACAGCUACUACUAUGUAUUAGUUCCAUUUAUUUACCAUGGGAGGCCGUUCCACUGAACCAACAAAAACAAUUACAAGGCCUGAACCUGAUGCACUUGAGUGGGAUGUGGCCAUUUUAAUGGUGUUCCCCAUACCUGUGGGUUUUCUGCUGUUAAUAAGAUGCAUCCCAGUUCAUUGAAACGUCUUCCCGAGGCAACUAAAUAGAAUACAGUCACAGUUAAUGUCAGCAUAAACAUGCUGUAAUGGACUGUGUAAUUAUUGUUUGCUUCUAGGUUAAUUCUCCGCCCUUGCUCCUGCUUGUUAUGGGAUGGGUAAAAUGUAGGGCCCUGUUCCUUAUGUAGACAAUAAAGACUAACCUAGUUUCAAAGUGAAAACCUCUGCCGUGAAGAGAGAUUUGUGCACAAAUUAUCUGAGCCUGUUGAUUUCUGAUGUAAUAAUUCAUGAUGCAGAAGUUAAAUAGAAAUGAUGCACUCUACUGCACAUGG